GAGUUCCGCUUACUCAUAAAAAUAUCACUACAACCAUGAUGAAUAUCGGAAAUACAUAUAAAUUGACUCCUGAUGAUCGUACAUUAUUAGUAAUGCCACUUUUUCACGUUCAUGGAUUAAUCGGUGGAAUGCUUUCCACAUUAUUUUCCGGUGGAACAGUUGUAAUCCCACCAAAAUUUUCUGCGACUACUUUUUGGAAUGAUUUUUUAGAAUAUGAAUGUACUUGGUACACAGCUGUUCCUACUAUACAUCAAAUUCUUUUGCGUCAUCCACCACCCAAUGGAGGUGCUUCAAAACUUAGAUUUAUUCGUUCAUGUUCAUCAUCACUUGCACCAUCUGUAUUAUUUGAAUUAGAAAAAACUUUUAAUGCUCCAGUACUUGAAGCUUAUGCUAUGACUGAAGCUGCACAUCAAAUGACCUCAAACCCAUUACCUCCUCUAAAACAUAAACCAGGUUCAGUGGGUACUUGUCAAGGAGUUCAAAUCACUAUAUUAAACGAGAAUGGUGAACAUGUAGAGGAAGGAGAAGUGUGUGUUAAAGGUGCAAAUAUUACACUAGGAUAUCUUAACAAUGCUUCAGCAAAUGAAUCUUCGUUUACAAAAGAUGGUUGGUUCCGUACAGGCGAUCAAGGCAAGCUUGAUGAGGAAGGAUACUUAUAUUUAACAGGACGAAUCAAAGAAUUGAUUAAUCGUGGAGGGGAAAAAAUAUCACCUUUGGAACUUGAUUCCAUUCUGCUAUCACAUCCUACAGUUUCAGAGGCUGUUUCUUUUGCAGUUCCUGAUGAUAUAUACGGUCAAGAAGUUCAUGCAGCAGUUGUUUUUAAACAAGGACAAAAAGUAACUGAACAAGAUUUACAAAUAUUUUGUGGAAAUAAAGUGGCAAAGUUUAAAAUACCAAAAAAAUUUUAUUUUAUUGACGUGAUGCCAAAAACUGCGACCG